AUGACCUGUCUACCAAGCGCGAAAACCUUCCAUAAUCAGAAUCAUCAUAGCCAUCAUCAUCGUAAUAGAGUUCUGGCAUCAUCAUCCAAAGCGGCUGCCACCGUUUUGACAAAACCAUCGUCGCCACAACCUCUUCACUCUUCUAGUGCAUCUCCGGCCAUUCUUCCAAGGAGUUUGUACACGGGCAUUAGAAUGCUUGUAACGUUGCAGCUAAACAGCGUGAUUCUUGUGGAUGUUGCUUCACCGGUUUCUUUCCCAACCCUCAAAUACAUGAAACUCUGCUCCGUGAAGUACCCUGGUGAUGAGUUUGUCAAGAGGUUUCUAUCCAGUUGUAUUGUUCUUGAACGCUUGGGUGUUGAGCAGUGUCCCGGUGACAAUGUGACCGUUUUCACCGUUAGAGUGCCUUCUCUUGAGAGUGUAUACUUGCAUAAAUCAUAUGACAAAGAUGUGGAUGAUGCAGAUGAUGCAGAAGGGUUUGUGAUAAACGCUCCUUCUUUGAAGUACUUGGGCAUUACUGAUACUAUCGGUGGAUAUUGUGUCAUUGAGAAUGAAAUGCCUAAUAUUGCAAGGGCAGAUGUUGAAGCUGAUUAUAAGUGUGUUAGCAAUAUUUUGGGUUCGAUAACGUCUGUCAAACGUCUACAUUUAUGUUCGCUGUACUCAAAGGAUGUAUAUCCUGUUCGUAGUGUCUUCCACCAUCUUAUACAUUUGAAGAUAUGCACUUGUGAUUCAGAGUGGUUGAAUCUAUUUAUGCCUCUGCUCAGAGAUUCCCCUAAAUUACAAUCUCUCGAACUUGAUCAGUGCCAUAUUCCCGAUACACCGCGCCCCUGUUGGAUUGAACCUAGUUCGGUCCCAGAAUGUCUGUUAGCGAGCCUUGAAACUCUACAAUGGGUAAAAUAUGGAGGAAGGGAAGAAGAGAAACAAGUUGCAGCAUUUAUCUUAAGAAACGGAAGCUGUUUAAAGAAGCGACGAAGAAGUUGUUCCUCUUCUCCGUUAAACGAGAAUUACCGUAUAAGUUUCAAGGGCUUUGGUGUCUGUUUUCGUGUGCAUCUUAUGGAUAGGAUAAGUCAGUUGCCUGAAGCGCUGCUUUUGAAGAUUCUGUCGUUACUGCCUAAUACGAAAGAUGUUGUGUCCACUAUGGUUUUGUCAAAACGAUGGCAGUUUCUCUGGAUGCAUGUGCCAAAACUCGUGUAUGACGAUAGCUGCAAAAACAUUGCAUAUGGAAAGUUUUCACGGUUUGUAGACAGGUCUAUGCUUGUGCACGAGGCUCCAGUAAUUGAAACAUUGCAAUUCAAGCUUGGUAAAACCUGUGUUGGUGAAGAUGAUAUCCAAGUCUGGAUUAGAGCUGCAAAGAAAUGCUGUGUGCGUGAGCUGAUUAUCGAGAUGGUUAAUUCUUCUAGUAGUGUCACACUUCCGAGGAGCUUGUAUAGCGGGGGAUGUAGAAUGCUUAUGACCUUGAAACUAAGUAACGCGGUUCUCGUGGAUGCUUCUUCCUUGCCGUCAUCUUUCCCAUCUCUCAGGAACUUGAGUCUUGUUAACAUGAAGUAUCCGGGUGAUGAGUUUGUGGAGAUGCUUAUGUCCAAGUGUCCUGUUCUUGAAGACUUGGUUGUGAAACGAUGUCACAAUGACCAUGUGACUGUUUUCAGUGUUAGAGUGCCUUCUCUAAAGAGUUUAGUCUUGCACAAAUUAACUGAUAGGAAGGAGGAUACCGGGUUUCGGAUAGAUGCUAUGUCUUUGGAGAGCUUGAGCAUUGAAGACUAUUCUUCUGACAUUUGUGUCGUUGAGAGUAACAUGAGUAAGAUCGUGGAGGCCAAUGUAAGCAUUUCUUAUGGCGGUACUGAGAAGCUCAUGGGUUGUGUUUCUUCAGCCAAGCGUCUCUAUUUAUGUGUACCAUCCUCAAAGAAUGCAUAUCCUGUUGAUAGUGUCUUCCACUGUCUUAUUCCCCUAAACUCCGAGCUCUCAGACUUGAACAGUGCCAUUCCCUUCGGGCUAAUGAAGCAAGACCGUGCUGGAGUGAACCAAGUAGAGUUACCUGUCUGUUUGUCAUCGAGUCUUGAAACUCUCGACUGGGUCAAAUACCAAGGAGCAGAAGAAGAGAAAGAAGUAGCAGCGUUUAUAUUAAGGAGUGGUUGCUGUUUGAAGAAAGUAACCAUCUCCACAAACCUCACAGAUCUUAACAAGAAACUUGAGAUGCUCAAGGACUUGUCUUUGUUCUUCAGGCGUUCACCUACAUGUCAGAUUGCAUUCGACUGA